UUCCAGAGUCAGGACCCAGUCUAGGACCCUGAACCCGCAGUCUGAGUCAACGAACUCACGCGGAGUGUAGAAGUCGGUCCCACCCAGGCCCCCAAUCUAGGUCACCCGCGGGGAAGGGCUGGCCUGGGGGCUGUCUGCUCCGGGGGUGGGCGAGGAGUGAAUUGAUUCAGACCCUGCCCCUCGCUCUUCCAGUAGAUUGUAAUUCCAUCUCUGGUGGGUCGAGCUGCCCUCCCUCCGGCGGCCAGUGCGUCCCUCCCCUCGGCCUCCAACGUCCACUCCCCAGCCCUGAAAAGCCCUGCAGCCGCGAGCCCGCUCCACUCCUGCACGCCGGGCUCCUAGCUGCUGCCUUGCCUCCUCGGACUCCCCAGUGGCUCCUGGUCCAGCUCUCUCGGCCCCCCACCUCCUCACCCACGCGCCACUGGCGUCCCCGCGUCCCCCAGGAGACGCCCUUUCCCUGCGCGCCCGGGACUUGGUGAAACUUUGCAGACACCGUCGGUGAGAUGGAUUUAAUCCCAACCUCCUUGCUCUGUUUCUUACUCCUGGCCUGCAGCCUCCCACCCGGCGCCGGCGCCGUGACACUCCAGACCGCUCUGCGAAAAUCAGCAGACAAGUUGGAGCCUCCUGCUGAGAUCAAGAUGGGAAUCUUGAACUGCACAGCUUUCACCCUCCAGUGGACAAAACCAAAGUAUUCUGGCCGUGACAUCACUGGGUACACGGUGUUUGUCUCCGAGGUUGGUUCAGACAAGUCCCUCCAAGAGCAGUCACAUGAUAUACCUGUUAGCCAGGAUACCGUAAUCAUUGAGGAAGUGAUUGGAGAUUUGAAGCCAGGCACCACAUAUCGAAUAAGCAUAGCUGCUUACAGCCAGGCUGGCAAAGGGAAGGUUAGCUAUCCUCGGAUUGUGACCACUUUGUCUCAAGAUUUCUGCCUGCCUCCUGAAGCACCCCAUAAGCCACACGUCCUUGUGGUUUCUGAUUCCGAGGUGGCUCUCUCUUGGAAACCCAGAGACGAUGAAGAAACUGCCCCAAUUCAGUCCUACUCUGUGGAGUACAUCAGGCCAGAUUUUGACAAGAGCUGGACCACCAUCCAAGAGCAGCUGCAGAUGGACUCCAUGGUUAUCAAAGGCCUUAAUCCAGACACCAACUACCGGUUUGCUGUGAGAGCCAUGAAUGCCAAUGGCUUCAGCCCACGCAGCCGUCCCAGCAAGAUUAUCCGAACCCUGGGCCCUGAGGAGACCGGAAGUGGCCGCUAUGGACCUCGGUAUAUCACCAGCAUGGGAGUGACCGAAGAUGAUGACGGAUCUGAAGACGAUCUGAAUCUGGAUGUGUCCAUGGAGGAGGUUAAACCACUUUCUGCUACCAAAACUGGGAAUGGGAUGGAAUCUAAGAAGACGUUUCUCUCCAGCCCAGAGAUGGGUUCCAGGCUUGCACAACCUACCUCAGCGUCUCUCCCUGAAACUACAGUGGCCAUCCCACACACCGCUGCCCAGCGGAAGGGUAAUAAUGUGGCCGUGACGUCAAGGCACUUUGACACAUUUUGUGAUGAGACACCCUGCCCGGGUGACAGCUUCUGUGUCAAUGACUACAUCUGGGGGGGAUCACGUUGUCACUGCAGCCUGGGCAAAAAAGGCGAGGGCUGCUCAGAAGAUAUCUUUAUUCAGUAUCCUCAGUUUUUUGGUCACUCCUACUUAACCUUUGAGCCUCUGAAGAACUCUUACCAGACGUUUCGGAUCACUCUGGAAUUCAGGGCAGAGGCAGAGGAUGGCUUACUGCUCUACUGUGGGGAGAACGAUAACGGCAGAGACGACUUCAUGUCCCUGGCUCUCAUCCAGGGCUCCCUCCACUUCAGGUUUAACUGUGGAACUGGGACCGCUAUCAUCAUAAGUGAGACCAAAAUCAAACUUGGGGCCUGGAACACGGUGUUAUUGUACAGAGACGGGGUGAACGGGAUGCUGAAGUUGAAUAAUGGCAUCCCGGUGAUAGGCCAAUCCCAGGGCCAGUACAGUAAAAUUACCUUCCGGACACCUUUGUAUCUUGGUGGCACUUCCAGCGCUCACUUGCUGCUGAGAGCCACGGGGAUAAACUAUGGCUUCCAAGGCUGUGUGCAGUCGCUUACUGUUAAUGGAAAGAGGAUUGACAUGAGACCCUGGCCACUGGGAGAAACCCUCAGUGGGGCUGAUGUAGGGGAAUGCAGCAGUGGGGUCUGUGACGCCGCCUCCUGCAUCAACGGAGGAACCUGUGCAGCCAUCAAAGCCGACUCUUACAUCUGCCUCUGUCCGCUGGGGUUCAGAGGUCGACACUGUGAAGAUGCAUUUUCCCUGAGCAUCCCUCAGUUCAGAGAGUCGCUGAGGUCCUACGCCACCACACCCUGGCCCCUGGGGCCCCAGCAUUACCUUUCUUUCACGGAGUUCGAGAUCACAUUUCAGCCCGACUCAGCAGAUGGUGUCCUCCUGUACAGCUACGACACGGGCAGCAGGGACUUCCUGUCCAUCAAUAUGGUUGGGGGCCACGUGGAAUUCCGCUUCGACUGCGGGUCAGGGACUGGAGUUCUCAGGAGCGAGAAGCCCCUCACCCUUGGCCAAUGGCACGAGCUACGUGUGUCUCGCACAGCCAAGAAUGGGAUCUUACAGGUGGACGAGCAGAAGGUAGUGGAGGGGAUGGCAGAGGGAGGCUUCACCCAGAUUAAUUGCAAUACGGAUAUUUUUAUCGGCGGAGUCCCAAACUACGAUGAUGUCAAGAAGAACUCGGGCAUCCUUCAUGCAUUCAGUGGCAGCAUCCAGAAGAUCAUCCUGAAUGACUGGCCCAUCCACAUGAAGCACGAUUUCACAUCUGGAGUGAACGUGGAGAAUGCAGCCCACCCCUGUGUGAGAAACCCCUGUGCCAACUGGGGCAGCUGUCGGCCCAAGAAGGAAGGCUAUGAAUGUGACUGUUCCCUGGGCUUCGAGGACGUGAACUGCCAGAAAGUGAUUACGGAAGCCAUUGAGAUCCCGCAGUUCAUCGGCCGCAGUUACCUGACCUAUGACAACACGGAUAUCCUCAAGAGGGUGUCGGGAGCCAGAUCAAAUGCCUUCAUGAGGUUUAAGACGACCGCCAAGGAUGGCCUGUUGCUGUGGAGGGGGGACAGUCCCUUGAGACCUAACAGUGACUUCAUUUCCCUGGGCCUUCGGGAUGGAGCCCUGGUGUUCAGCUACAACCUGGGCAGCGGCGUGGCUUCCAUCGUGGUGAAUGGCUCCUUCAGCGAUGGCCGGUGGCACCGGGUCAAGGCUGUCAGGGAUGGCCAAUCUGGGAAGAUGACGGUGGAUGACUACGGAGCCAGAACAGGCAAGUCACCUGGCACAAUGAGGCAACUUAACAUCAAUGGGCCUCUGUAUGUGGGUGGGAUGAAGGAAAUCGCUCUGCACACGAACAGACAGUACAUGCAAGGCCUCGUGGGCUGCAUCUCUCACUUCACACUGUCCACCGAUUACCACAUUUCCCUUGUGGAGGACGCUGUGGACGGGAAAAACAUCAACACUUGUGGCGCUAAGUAACACCCACCGGCCUUGUCCACGGACACAGCCUCUAUCCGAAACAUCCCAGGGGCCCGGAGACCCUGCCUGAAGCUGCACAGAGGUCUGGGGAUCGGGUGUGCUUCCUGUCACCAAGGACAAAGUACGCCCUGGUGGGAACCAAGGCUGGAGGCCCUGCGUGGCCUUCUCUGCAAAUGCUCUGUGGGCCAAACCCAAUGGACUAUUGUGGAUAAGAAGCACUGGACUUUGUUGUUCGACAUAUAGAGCCUGUGAGAGAUCAUACAUCAAACCAAGUUCCAGAGACUGUCUGCUGUAGCUCAAUAACUAUGCUGUGUUAAAGACAGUGAGAGAGAGAGAGAGAGAGAGAGAGAGAGAGAGAGAGAAACUCCACAGAACAGUAUUAAAAUACUUCUGUCUUUCCCUGACUUAUGACACUUGCAGAAUGACUGUGUGACCCUUCAUACUUCCAGUCUUGGCCUGUGGAUUGUGUAGAUUAACCCCUUCCAUUCCUCACUGGCUGACUCAGUGUGCUCUCACUAGUCCAUAAGAUUAAAAGUUUGGCGGGGGGAAUUAAACAGAGAAUCAUAAUCAUACCGUGGACCCAUUCCCCAAGCUUACCUCUAAGGCAAGCAUCCUUUUUUUUUUUUUUUUUUUUUUUUAUGAUACAAACUGAAGAGAACGGGCCCCCAGAUUUUGUAGCUGUACUUUUGUAUGUGUCUAUUUUUAUAGCCGCAGACUGUCCACACUUAUGGGGUGCUUUUGCAAGUUAAGGUGGGUGACCUUAAUUACAGCACACUUUCCUAAGAGCUUUCUUGGAAAUGAGAUACGAUUGGGCCGUUUGUAGUGUGAAUGAAGUGGUAGAGAGUGACGAGGGUGGGCUGCUGGGGGAGGCAACCAUUCUCUCUCAGUGAUGAUCCAAGGGUAUAAGAUGCUGUCCAAAGUGAAGAGAGUAAGAGGAAUGUAUCGCUGAGGUGGGGCGCUGCCACGCUGUCUUUAAGAGAGGGAAAGUACCUGUAACCAACGUGAUUAAAGGGGAUGAGGAAGCA